AGUACGCGUGCGGCCGCCCGAGAGUUUGUGUCGUCGUCGCCCUCCGCCGCCGCUGUGCUGCUGCUGCUGCUGCUGCCGCCGUUACUAUCGUUCUGACUGUUGUGCUCGCUUGCUGUUACCGUGCGUAUUGUAUGUACGCGUUAUUAGGUACGCGAAGAACAGAGCAGCGAGGUCUGGCAGCAGAGGUCUUUUUAUUUUUAUCCCCCUCUCGCCACUGCCCCCACAGCACGGCACGAGGUGAACGCCACCGCGCGCGUAUCGCGUCGUACAAAAGGACAGCCGCGCGGGGUCAUCGAAGACGACGACGACGACUACUGCUGCUACUGCGAUUGCACAGUGUCGUGCGCCUACGUUGCAUUAUUCCUCCGUGUCCGGAUGCUGUGUCGUCUUUUCGUGCGCGAGUGCGCUCUCUGCUGUGUUGUGUUGCUCUGCCGUCGAUGAUGAUAUGAUGCUGUUGUUGUUGUUGUUAUGCGUCUGAUAAUGCUGCUGUGUUAUUGAUCAACGUCGUCGUGGUGUGGUGUACCGGCGACGAAGGAGUACGGGGGGAGGGUGCACAGCGAACGGCCGUGUGAGCAGUUCCGUGCGUGUGUGUACGUGCAGGAAGGGUGGACACCACCAACCUCCCCCGUCCCGUCGCCGCGCUACCAACUACUUCUCGUAUGUGUCUUCGAAACGCGCUUUCAGUGUACACCCAUUCUACAUGUGCAGUCGUCGUCGUCCUCGUAAUCGUGUUCGUAACAGUAUUAGUAGCGGUGCAGCACCGUUGUUGCCACCGCAAAGGUAUGUGUCGUCCGUCGUUUAGUAAAAAACACUAUGGUCAAGUGCCGUGUCGACGUCGGAACCGUGUUAUAUCAUCAUCAUCAUCAUCAUCAGCCGCAGCAGCAGCAACGAGCUUUUAAUCGCGUCCGACUGGUGGUUGUGGACCCACGAAACAAGCCUCGGAAACGAUGGAUGUCAGCCGGGACUCAGCUGCAGAUGGCUCCACAAGCUGGCCAAAUGCACCUACCACAUCCUCAACCAGGAGGAACUAUUCAUAGCCAAGACUCAAAUAUGAGUACAGGUUCGUCGCAUAGCGACAAGGAGCAAGAUACUCCAGAAAAAGUAAAUAACAUCACCCGCACAUCUACUGAGCGUAAGCGCAAAAGAAAAAUAGAUGAUAUAGGCAGUAACAAGCAACCAAACAUGGUGGUCGGACCUCCUCCACCGCCUUCCAGAUCGGUGGCAGACACUAAAAAGAUAAAUGACUAUUUUAAUAAGCAUGGUUCUCAUCCUGUGUCUAAUCCCAUGAGGCAUGGUGGAGCAAAAUCACCAUCACCUGGUGGACCCCCGCAACAAGGUUACCCUAUGUUUAAUCCAACAAGUGGACCUCAAGCAUUGAGUCCUGUACUACCUUCAGAUUAUGUUUCCAUACUCCACCCACCUAGGAUUAACUCUAGUUCCAUUACAAAAUGUAUACAGACUGAUUUAACGAGUCAUGCAAUCCAAGAGUUUGAAUGUCAGGCUUCUUCGGAUUUGGAGCUCAGAAAUAAUAAAAUUGAUGAAUUGAAUAGGACAAAUGAAGAACUGAAACACCAACUAAGCAGUCAACAAAAAACGAUAGAACAACACAAAUCGCAUAUAAAUAAAUGCAUUGAUGUGGUAAAGAAAUUAUUGAAAGAAAAAUCCAACAUUGAAAAAAAAGAAGCCAGGCAACGGUGUAUGCAAAAUAGACUUCGACUUGGUCAGUUUGUUACACAAAGGGUUGGUGCACAAUUUCAAGAAAAUUGGACUGAUGGUUAUGCAUUUCAGGAAUUGUCUAGGAGACAAGAAGAAAUCACAUCAGAAAGAGAAGAAAUUGAUCGACAAAAAAAGAUGCUGGUCAAAAAGAGGCCAUCAAAUAGUGAAACUGGUGGUCGUAAACGAGCCAGCAGUCAGUCAUCUGGUUCUGGAAGCAGUAGUUCAAGUACCAAUAGUGUACCUAUAAAUUCAACCCCUUCAGUUUCUACCCCACCCAUAGUGCUUCCCAACCCAAAUAUCAAUAAUAACCAAGUAACUGGUGCUACAACAGGCACGGUCUUACACAAUGGCACUGUAGCCCCAUCGUCCGCUUUGGACACAGCAACGUUCCUAAAGCCAGAAGCUGUUCCAGGUUUAUCAUGGCAAGAGUACUAUGAAGCAGAUGAGAUACUAAAGUUGCGACAAUCAGCAUUGAAAAAAGAAGAUGCUGAUUUGCAGCUAGAAAUGGAGAAGUUGGAACGAGAGAGAAAUUUGCACAUAAGAGAACUGAAAAGGAUUCAUAAUGAAGACCAAUCUAGGUUCAACAAUCACCCAGUGUUGAAUGACCGUUAUUUAUUGCUCAUGCUGUUGGGAAAAGGUGGUUUCAGUGAAGUCCACAAAGCGUUCGAUUUAAAAGAACAACGCUACGUAGCUUGUAAAGUUCAUCAACUGAAUAAAGACUGGAAAGAGGAUAAAAAGGCUAAUUAUAUAAAACAUGCAUUACGAGAGUACAAUAUUCAUAAGUCUUUGGACCAUCCAAGGGUUGUUAAAUUGUAUGAUGUGUUUGAAAUAGAUGCAAAUUCAUUUUGCACUGUUCUUGAAUAUUGUGAUGGACAUGAUUUAGAUUUUUAUUUAAAACAGCACAAGACAAUAGCUGAACGAGAAGCUAGAUCUAUAGUUAUGCAAGUGGUAUCAGCACUUAAGUAUUUAAAUGAGAUUAAACCUCCUGUGAUACAUUAUGAUUUAAAACCUGGAAAUAUAUUACUGACUGAAGGCAAUGUCUGUGGUGAAAUAAAAAUCACUGAUUUUGGCCUUAGUAAAGUAAUGGACGAAGAAAAUUAUAAUCCAGAUCAUGGAAUGGACCUUACGUCACAGGGGGCUGGAACGUACUGGUAUUUACCACCAGAAUGUUUUGUAGUUGGCAAAAAUCCUCCAAAAAUAUCUUCCAAAGUGGAUGUUUGGAGUGUAGGAGUUAUAUUUUACCAAUGUUUAUAUGGAAAAAAGCCUUUUGGUCAUAAUCAAUCCCAAGCUACAAUUUUAGAAGAAAAUACGAUCUUAAAAGCUACCGAGGUACAGUUUGCCAACAAACCUACAGUCAGUAAUGAAGCAAAGAGCUUUAUCCGUUGCUGCCUAGCGUACCGCAAGGAAGAUCGUAUUGAUGUGUUCACCUUGUCGAGGCAUGAGUACCUGCAGCCACCUCUACCCAAACAUGGCCGACAAUCUGCUAACAAUCAGCAACAGCAACAACAGCAGCAACAACAACAGCAGCAGCAGCAACAACAAAUAUCAGCAGCAAAUUUUGCGUCGGGCAUGUUUGGUAACAUGAAUGCAUCUAGUUCGUCCUAAGACCAAUUAAAAUAAAAAUAUUAUAAUAAUUAUAAUUCAUAAUUAAUAAGUGAAUGGACAAUAUGUUAAACGCGCUUGUGCCAUUUGGAUUACAAUUUUUAAAUGUUUGACCAAAUACAAAAUGGCGCUCACAAAUGGCCUUAGGAAAUUUAAAUUGAAUAAUCAUUAUUAUUAUAAUUAUUAUUAUUAUUAUUAUUAUUAUUAUUAUUAUUAUUAU